UCCAAUGUAGUCGCUUCAGCAUCACCCAUUCUUGUCUAUUUAUUGCCUCUAUUGUAAUUCAGUACCCUAAACAUCCAAACCAACAACAGUAGCCAAAAUAUAACAAUAACAGUGAGGACGGAUCUGCUCAUCUUUAUAGCAAUUGACCAUGAGCAGCAGCAGUAGUUCAGAGUUAGAUCUAAGCAUCUCACAUCGAUCAAUCAGCAGUGGCACAGACAUCGACACUAUUGACAUUGACAUUGAUAGCUAUAAUCCCGUUAAGAAGAAACGUAAAAUUGUACCAGAAAACAACAAUGACAACCUUGUAAAAGAAACAGUAGAUGCAGUAUCCACAACAGCCACUAGCUUGACGCCUUUAUCGACCAACAAGCUUUCUCAAUAUAAUUCUCUAGUGAAUGAUGAUAAUUAUGAUGGUAAGACAACAAUUGUCUCCACCACGACCACUAUUACUUCAGAACACCAUUCAUUUAAGCGUAGAAAUCCCGAUAACGAAACUAGUAUUCAAAUACAAAACGAAGAUGAAAAAGUAACCAUAUCAGAUCAAGAACCGGUGCAUGAAGUCACAAGUCACCGAUCGUCCAUUUCUUCAAAAAUGUCAUCUUCAUCCAAGGCAAAGCAAUAUAUCUGCCUUUACUCUGGGUGUGGGAAAAAAUAUACCAAGCCGUCGCGGUUAGCUGCACAUGAGCGUUCACAUACGGAUGAACGACCUUAUAGAUGUCUUUAUACAGGAUGUAAUGCCGCAUUCAGGAGAGAAGAUCAUCUUGCGGUUCAUGUUAAAAGUCAUGGAUCGAUACGGGAAUUUCAAUGUAUAAAUCCAGGGUGCACUAAAAGCUAUUACACAAAGGAUAAACUUGCACGACAUGUCAAGACGCAUAACGAACUCGCAAGUCUGUCCAGCAUUGAGAUUUGUACAGCUUUUUUAUCGACUCCUUCAUCACCAGUUCAAUCAUUAUCAUCAGAGACGCCGCCAUCAGAGACGCCGCCAUCAGAGACAUCAUCAUCGGCACUAACACCAAUGCCGGAACUACGUAGAUCCCGAUCUUCUUCCAGCUUACCAACAUUGGUUUCUUCAAUUAAUUCAGAUAACGAGGAUCUGAAUAUAAAGAGUGGUGCUAAACGUGGAUACAGGCGAGAGGCAUCAUUGGACCCAGAGACGUUAAUGAAGGUUGCGGAGGAAAUAAAAAAAGAAAAACCGUACGCAUGUACAUGGGACGGAUGUCAAAUGCGUUUCAAAAAACAUAAGAAACUGAGUGCCCACGUUUGUACGGACCAUGAAGGGCGAAAACCAUAUCCAUGUUUGCAUGAAGGAUGUCAGAUGAGUUUCCAGACUCCAAGCAAGCUUCAGAAACAUCAACUCGUCCAUAAUGAUACUCGACGGUAUGGAUGCGGUUAUCCAGAGUGUAACAGCGUUUUUUCAAAGUGGUCGCUUUUACAGAAACAUAACAAGAUGUAUCACAAGUCAAUGCCCUGCUCCGUCUGUGGCACUGUCGUAUUGAAAACAAAUAUGCGCUCUCAUAUGAAAACCCAUGAUCCUAAUCGACCCGUUAUCCCUUGCACAUUUGAGGGAUGCAGUAAAAUCUUUUCAACUGCAUGGACGCUUACGAGUCAUAUUAAAACUACACAUGAGAAGGAUCUUAAUGCACCCAAGUUCCGAUGCGAAUUUGAAGGUUGUGGAAAGGAGUUUGGAUAUAAACAUGUCCUCAAUAAGCACAUUAACAGAAAGCAUACAAGUCCUUCCCUGAUGAGGAAAAAAAGGAGUGAUGCAAUCCAAGCGACAGCAUUAGAUGAGCUCUUCGGGUUCACAGAAGAGGAUGCACAAGUAAAACUACCCUUUGCAUGCGUUAUACCUGGCUGUCAUAGGCGCUAUCAUCGAGAAGAUCUGUUAAGGCGACAUUUAAACAGUAGUGAACAUCAGAAAGGAAAGCUGACAGGCAUUCAAGUCCUUCAGUCGAUGGAACAGGUUGAAAACCAGACUAUACAGGAAAUGAUCAGCUUACACAUCGACAAUCAAAUUCAAGAUGGCAGUGAUAUUGUUGACCGCUAAUCAUUGAAUGUACGCACCGCACUCUAGC